AAAAAAAAUAUUCUUAAUUAUUGUACAACUUAAACGACAUUUAUUAAAAAUAGAAUGGAGUAUUAAAUAAGGUCGGGGCCCUGAAACAGAAGAAUCUACGUUGGGUAUGGGCACGAGCACCCACAAAAAGCACCUAGAGAAAAAUGAGUCCAUUUACUCAUCUCAUCAAAACCAAUGAUAAUAAGUCAAAAACAGUAGUAACCAUUUUCAACUAUUCCUCACUCACUAAUAACUCACUCACUUGAGAUUCAAUUAUUCAUUCUCCUCAUUUUCUCUAUCAUUUUUCCCUCAAAUGGCCUCCAAUUCACCUCUCCUCCUUCUUCCUCUGCCUUUUCUGCUCUCAGCCGCAUUGUACUUCCCGGCGGCGUCCGGCCGCGGCUUCUGCAUCAACUACGGCCGCAUCGCCGACAACCUCCCCCCGCCGGAGCAGGUCGCCGGCCUCGUCAAGUCCAUCCACGCCGCCCGCAUCCGCCUCUACGACGCCGACCCCCGCGUCCUCCGCGCCUUCGCUGGCACCGGCGUCGAGGUCACCGUCGGCCUCGGCAACGAGCACCUCGCCUCCAUGCGGGACCCCUCCGCCGCCCUCGCCUGGGUCCGCUCAAACGUCUCCUGCUACCUCCCCGCCACCAAAAUCACCUCCAUCAACGUCGGCAACGAGGUCCUCACCGCCAACGGCACCGCCGCCCCUGCCGCCUCCCCCGACGACCUCCUCGCCGCCGUGGAGAACAUCCACACCGCCCUCACUACCCUAGGCCUCGACCGGCGCGUGUCCGUCACGACAGCGCACAAUUUGGGGAUCCUCGACGCCUCCUACCCGCCGUCGUCCGGGAAAUUCCGAGACGAUCUGGAGCCGGUCCUCCGCCGCCUCCUCGACUUCCACUGCACCUCCGGCUCGCCAUUCAUGAUAAACGCGUACCCUUACUUCGCGUACAGGGACAAUCCGGGACACGUGUCCCUGAAGUUCGCGCUCUUCGAGGGGGACGGCAUCGUGGACCCCAUAACGGACUUGAAAUACGAAAACAUGUUCGAGGCCCAAAUCGACGCGGCCCACGCCGCGAUGGAGAAGCUAGGGUACAGGAAUGUGUGCCUGCAGGUGUCGGAGACGGGCUGGCCGUCGAGGGGAGACGGCGGCGAGGCGGGGGCGACACCGGAGAACGCGAAGGCGUACAAUAAAAACCUGCUUCGGCGGAUUAAUCAGAAUGGGGGGACGCCGAUGAGGCCCGAUAUGGAUCUGAAUGUUUAUUUCUUCGCGCUGUUCAACGAGAAUCAGAAGCCCGGACCCGCGUCGGAGAAGAAUUUCGGGCUGUUCAACCCGGAUAUGACGCCGGUGUACGAUCUAGGGUUCAAUUCGAAAGGAUCCGGCGGAACGACGCCGUCUGGGUCGCCGGUGGUGGUAAUGUCUCCCCCGGACGGUGGGUACAUGGUUGACGGCGCGGAGGGACAUAGACUCACUAGAGAAGGUGCAUUGUUGUCUGUUUCGUGCUUGGUGGUUUCGUUAAUUUUCUUACGCUACAAUUCUGGUUUCUUUUGAAACGAUAAUUGAAGAUGGAACCAUUGAGUUCAGAUGAUGGAGUUCGAAAAGAGAGGAAUAAUAGAGAUUCGUCAAAAGUUUCUAUUCCUUUUGCAUAUAAGCAAGCAAAUAAGAAAGAAACAAGUUCUUGGUUUCUUUUCAAAUCACCUUGCCUUCUUUGAUAGCUUUGGAGCACUAAAAGUUGCAAGGACAAAUAGAAAUUGGCCGUCUCUAUUCUAUUGAGGCUGUGGGUCAAGUGGGCCGCGAUAUUCUUUUCUCUUUUUAGCUGGCAAUUAUGCCUUGCUCUUUUCUUUCCCCAGUGUACUUUUUAGCCAUUGGUAUGAAAAUAUUUAAUUUUUCUUUUAAUUUGAGGGUUAGCCAUUCUUAUUGUUGUAAUUUGUUAAUGGUAUUGAAACCAGACUUGAAGAGUUUUUUCAUAUUAUUAUUAUUAUUUGAAAAUAGUGUAUUUUUGAGUUAUGAAAUAAUGGUGA